GUCCUGCCCAUGGAUCUCGGUCCUGCCAUUCAUACAAAGCUAGCUACACUCGGGUUUAUGGGCAUUUGAGCUCGUUUAUCAGUAGUAUUAUUUUUUAAAACAAGAUGGCAUUGCUAACACCACUAUUUGCGUUUCUUUACCACUUGCCACAGGUUUAUAAAUGGCUACUAAAACCGUAUUACAUAGCAUCCUUGUUCAUGUCAAUAGCAUUUUUAGCUAUACGCAAGACCCCUGGCAUCUGCGACCAUUUGUCUACACAACGAGAGGAUGGCAACCCCUGUGACUUCGACUGGAGGGAGGUUGAAAUCCUGAUGUUCCUUAGUGCAAUUGUCAUGAUGAAGAAUCGUCGAGCAAUCACGGUGGAGCAGCACGUUGGGAACAUCAUCCUCUUCAGUAAAGUGGCUAACGUCAUCCUGUUCUUUAGACUGGACAUCCGGAUGGGCCUUCUAUACCUCACUCUCUGCUUAGUGUUCUUGAUGACCUGUAAACCUCCUCUUUACAUGGGUCCAGAGUACAUCAAGUACUUCAGUGACAAAACUAUCGAUGACGAGUUGGAGAAAGAUGGUCGCGUCACUUGGAUUGUGGAGUUUUUUGCUAAUUGGUCUCCGGAGUGCCAGUCCUUUGCUUCAGUGUACGCAGAUCUGUCCCUCAAGUAUAACUGUGCUGGACUCAAGUUUGGAAAAGUAGACAUAGGGCGAUAUGGAGAAGUGUCUAAAAGAUACAAAGUGUCCACAUCCCCUCUGUCCAAGCAGCUACCCUCUCUGGUGAUUUUUCAGGGAGGAAAGGAAAUUAUGCGGCGCCCCCAAGUGGACAAGAAGGGACGAGCAGUGUCAUGGUCCUUCACUGAGGAGAAUAUCAUCAGAGAAUUCAACUUGAAUGAGCUUUACCAAAAAUCCAAAAAGCUCAACAAAAAAGGCGAGAAGGCGAAUCCAUCCACAUUUGCUCCUGUCCCAGAGGAAGAGGAGCCGGAGCAGCCGACCACAGAUGCCCAAAACGAGGAGCCUGAAUCCAAGAAGGACAAAUAAUUCAAAAUGGCCACCAUGUUUUCUCCCAGCUUUUGUGGCAUAUUCUCUACACUCCAGACUGGAUCUAUGGUAAAUUUAAAGAAUACAUAUUGUGCAUAAUUGUGGCUUUAAUUCCCUUUAAACUGAGUUUUGGUCCUCUUGAGAUUAGUGUUUCACAUUUUCUAACUUAAAAUUAAGGUUAAAAUCACACUUCACCAAUUAGGUGUUCUGCAAUAGGAAUGAGCAAUCAGAAAAUAAACAAAUGAAGCCCUCAGGGAACGUGAAUGCUUUGCUAAUACAGCCAUGCGUUGUUGCGAAUACAGUUUGACAGCAGAAUAAGUAUGGUUAGGGUUCAUGGUCUUAAAAACUGCACAGAAGUCAGCUCUUCCCAUGUUGAUACAACAAUCUGGGAAAAAACAAACAGAUUUCUGAGUGUUCCAAAGGGACUCUCGAUUAAUGAAUCAAUGUAACAAAAUUCAACUCCAGGUAUGUUUUUUAUGAGGGGACAACAUGGUUAAAACCUCAAAAAGUCUAUUUUGCAUAAUAUGUGUUCUUUAGUAUGUAACAGAAGAAGGUGCAAGGUGAAGGUGAAGAAGAAUGGGGUGGUGUAAAUUCAUCGCAUCAAGUUUGGGAUGGACUGAAUUGACUGCUUAUGGAGAGGUAGAAAUGUACUAAUUGACAAGGGAGGCAUAUAAAGUGCUGCUACGUUGUUUUUUUCCAUUAUUUUAUCUAACUAAUUUAAUCUAGCCGUCGCAAUAUAGAUUAAUUGCAAGUAAUGUGAAUAAUAUAUUGGUUAAUGGUACAUUCCAGUUUGUAAUUAUUUUGAAUUAAAUAGGUAUCUUUUUUUUAUAAAAUUGGAUUCUAAUGUUGCCUUCAAGUGGUCGACAUGAGCUGUGUUAAUAUUUGUGUAAUAACUCAGCAUGUAUUUGUUGCUGUUGGGACAUCUUUUUAUCUAAGCUCUACAUCACAAAAAAUCUAGUAUGAAUUAAAAUGAUGUAUUAAAUGUGUAGUUUUAAUUAGAAAAUGAAUCUACCAAUGAGCAAAGUGUCAUUUUGUAACCCAAAUGAGAAAUAAACUGGCUCAAAUAAUGUAGCUUCAUGAAGUACAUACAUCUAGUCAAAACUACAAGAAAAUUUGGAUUAGGAUUUUUAAUGUUCCAACAAAUCCUUAUUUCUGUUUUUGUUUCUUGCAGUGUAAUUCAAAUAUACUAAUAAUUGAAUGAUUUCUUUUAGUACUGAACACCUAAUAAAUUAAUUUAGAAGGAGCAGUGGCCGUUUUUACAGCUCUUGAAUGUGUCAUAUUGUAUCGCACAACAUGGAACAUUUAAAACCAAGGUAGUAAUCUUUUUUCAAAGAGCCCCAAGUAUAAAUCAUGUCUUGAGAUAAUAUUUGUCAGUUACUUUCCACAGGCCACUUGAGUGCAGCAUAGUUUUUUUUUAUUGUUUCAUUUCUUCUCAUUUUGUUUCUGUACUGAAUCAUCACUACCAGCAUCUCUGUUAUGGUCAGUAUUUUUAGGGUUUUGUCACUGGACCAGUGUGUUUUUGUUGAAAAUAUUAGAAUUUUAUUGUAAUUUUUCCAACAGAAUUACAGACUUUCAUGUUUGUUUUCCUAUUUUCUGUCACCAAUUUUAACACUGUUUAAUUCAGCUUACAUGGUAUGAUACAGAGACUGAACCAAAUGUGUCCAUGCAUUUCUACAGUACAAAAUAUGUCUUGUUUAAGCACUGCGAGUCAUUGGUUGAUGUACUUUAACAUUGACCUCCAGAGAAUGCGUUAAAUGUGACUCAUGAACAACUGCUGUAUGUACAAACCUGGGUAAAUUAUUACCCAAUAACCCACGUUUUUGUUGAAAUCUUUCUUGCAAUAUGAUUAAAUUACUUAUGCAACC